AUGUCCCGUCUGCCAAAUCCCGGUGGACCCUUCGGCCCUCCAAUGGAAGGCACAGUCCGCCCUCACGUCUCUCCCUGGCCGCGGGCCGCAGGAUUCGGUUUCGGCUGGUUCUGGGGUGGCCAGUACAUCUGCACACCUGGCCCCGCUGCUGUGCUAUUCGUGCUUGACCACAUUCACUCCCCUGUCGGCAGCGCAGCGUGA